UUCUUGUGCAAUGAGCAACACCAAUCUGAACAGUAUUGACAGAUAUUUUUAACCAUGUUUUGUGGAGACUUAAGUACUUUCUGACGGUUUUUGUGACAUAAUAAUCCAUCUUAUUGCGAAAUAUUUCAAUAAAAUAUUAGUUGUAAAUAAUAAAUACCAUAAUAACAGUAUGUGGAAGGGUCUUAGGCUUACGCAAACACAACUAUCGAAACUACAUUUCAAUGGACAUAAAUUUCAACCCAUUGGUGUUCCGGCUCUUGAUUCUGUAUUGAAUCAAUGGUACGAAUUUUGCAAAAAGCCUCCGAAGGGAUUCGAAAAAUAUUUUCAGCCCGAGGGUGGCCAAAAACAAGCUAAAAAACCUGAAACAGAUGCAUCACCCGCACCGUCGAAAAGUACGCCGCCUAGCCCUAAAUCGAGCUCACCUCAAGAUAAAUGGAACAUGAAUAUGUUUUCUGGCUCUUCAGGAGGGGGAAGAGGUUCAGGUCGCAGUGGUUAUGAAGGCCCAGAUAGAGAAAAAUGGAUGAUGUUUGGGGCUAUGGGAAUUGUAACUUUACUAGCUUCUAUAGCUUACUUUGAACUUCGAUAUAGAGAAAUUAGCUGGCGUGACUUUGUUAACUUAUAUCUUAACAAAGGACUUGUCGAAAAAUUAGAAGUUAUAAAUAAGAAAUGGGUUCGGGUAAGAUUACAAGGUUCUGCUCUCGAAGGAAAGAUCAUCUGGUUUGCAAUUGGAAGUGUUGAUUCAUUUGAAAGAAAUUUAGAAAAUGCACAAAUUGAAAUGAGUAUUGAACCACCUAACUUUGUUCCUGUUAUCUACAAGACUGAGGUUGAAGCAGCAAGCUUAACUGGAAUGUUGCCAACCUUACUAAUUAUUGGUUUUUUAAUAUAUAUGAUGAGAAGAUCAGCUGAUAUGAUGGGCCGGGGUGGACGAAAGGGUGGAGGUCUCUUUGGUGGAGUGAUGGAGUCUACUGCAAAACUUAUCAAUCCAACUGACAUUGGUGUAAAAUUCCAAGAUGUAGCUGGUUGUGAAGAAGCUAAAAUAGAAAUUAUGGAAUUUGUUAAUUUCUUAAAAAAUCCACAGCAAUAUAUUGACUUGGGUGCAAAAAUUCCUAAAGGAGCUUUACUUACUGGCCCUCCUGGUACUGGAAAAACUUUACUGGCUAAAGCUACAGCAGGAGAAGCAAAUGUUCCUUUCCUCACAGUAUCAGGUUCUGAAUUUUUGGAAAUGUUUGUAGGAGUAGGUCCAUCAAGAGUAAGGGACAUGUUUUCUAUGGCCCGUAAACAUGCACCUUGCAUUCUCUUUAUUGAUGAAAUAGAUGCUGUGGGCAGAAAGAGGGGUGGCCGAAGCUUUGGUGGUCAUUCUGAACAGGAAAAUACGCUAAACCAACUGCUUGUUGAGAUGGAUGGCUUUAACACAACAACAAAUGUUGUAGUCUUAGCUGCUACAAACAGAGUUGAUAUUUUGGAUAAAGCCUUGCUAAGACCGGGUAGAUUUGAUAGACAGAUCUUUGUACCAGCUCCAGAUAUUAAAGGAAGAGCAUCAAUUUUCAAAGUACAUCUGUCACCUUUAAAGACCACAAUUAAUAAAGAUAACUUGGCUCGUAAAAUGGCUGCCUUAACUCCAGGUUUCACCGGUGCAGACAUAGCCAAUGUAUGCAAUGAAGCAGCGCUUAUAGCUGCAAGAGAGUUAGCUAACGACAUUACAAUGAAGAACUUCGAACAAGCUAUAGAAAGAGUAGUGGCAGGUAUGGAGAAGAAAUCCAACGUACUGCAACCGGAUGAAAGAAAGAUUGUUGCUUAUCAUGAGGCAGGUCAUGCAGUUGCAGGUUGGUACCUACAACAUGCAGAUCCCUUACUAAAAGUGUCAAUUAUACCAAGAGGUAAGGGACUUGGAUAUGCACAAUAUCUACCAAAAGAACAGUAUCUAUAUAGCAAGGAACAACUUUUUGAUAGAAUGUGCAUGACUCUUGGUGGGCGAGUCAGUGAAGAGAUUUUCUUUGGUAGAAUUACAACAGGCGCCCAAGACGACCUUAAAAAAAUAACUCAAAGUGCAUACGCCCAAAUAGUUCAUUAUGGUAUGAAUGCUAAAGUAGGUAAUGUCUCUUUCGAAAUGCCACAACCAGGAGAAAUGGUCAUUGAUAAACCAUACUCAGAAAAAACCGCAGAGUUGAUUGAUUCAGAAGUCAGAGAUUUGAUAAAUACUGCACAUAAACAUACAACUGAUUUGUUAACAAAACAUAAAGCAAACAUAGAAAAGGUUGCUGAGAGGCUAUUGAAACAAGAAAUCUUAAGCAGGGAUGAUAUGAUUGAACUCUUAGGUCCGAGGCCAUUCCCAGAAAAGAGUACUUAUGAAGAAUUUGUUGAAGGUACUGGUUCACUAGAUGAAGAUACAACCUUACCUGAAGGGUUAAAAGAUUGGAAUAAAGAGAAACAACCCUCCACACCACCCCCGGAUAGCAUACCAUCAGGAGCAAGCCCUAGUAAAAAUUAAGCUAUUUUAUGUAGUACAUAGAUUGUUGAGUUUUUAGUCAGUUUAUGUGAAAUAAAUAUAUUACCUUAAGA